AUGGCAAGCGCUACUAUCGGUACCCAAUCAGGCAACGGGUCGUCUCAAUCGAACGGCAAGCAAAGAUCCUCGGCCGGUCCAUCGCCGUAUGCUCAGCCUUUUGCACUGUCGGAGCAGUACAAGCAGGAGAGGCAAUCUGCAGCAGCAGCAAAUGGCACCUCCGAUCCUUCUCCUCAGCCUACACCCUUUGCGCACGAUCUCUCAGUCAAGCUGAUUUGCAGCAACUGUCAUGCUGACCCGCCGAAUAUUAUGGAGGAGUUUGCGAGUGGGGAUUUGGUUUGCGGAGAAUGUGGUCUGAUUCUCGGUGACAGAAUCGUCGAUACGAGGAGCGAGUGUGAGUAGCCUUGCAUGACCCGCUUUGGCAACGGGUAUACGCACUUGCCGGCUCUUCGCUGAGCUCACUGCUGCACCUGCACGUGCUUCCGUCGCUAGGGAGAACGUUCGCGAAUGAGGAGGGAGACGAUCCUUCGCGUGUAGGUCAAGCCGACAAUCCGCUCAUGGACGGUCUGACCGAGACGCUGGGCACUCGUAUCGCCUUCGACGGCAGCGCUGGCGCCACGCUUCAAAGGGCCAUGAACAGAGUCAAUGGUACUCAGCAUCAAAACAUACUGGAUGCCUUUGAGGACAUUCAGCGCAAGUGCGAUUCCAUUCACCUCAACAGGCAAGUGAGCGAGAUAGCCAAGCAGCUGUACAAGAGGGUGGAGAUGGAGCGCAUCUUGAGGGGCAAAAAGACGGACGCGAUCAUCGCUGCUACCAUCUUUAUCGCGUGCAAGAUGGCCAAUGUUCCGAGAACCUUUGUGGAAAUUUGUGGCUUGACGAAGGUGUCGAAGAAACUCAUCGGGCAGUGUUACAACGAGAUUCAGAAAGUGUUCGGAUUGAGGCAACCGAUGGCAGCAGCAGCAGCCGAAGGAUCCAGCGGAGGGGUCGGACCAACGAAUGCCGUGGACCUCAUCAAUCGCUUUUCCAAUCAUCUGGCGCUGGACCAGCCUACCAGUAGAUGCGUCAGGGAUGUGGCUGAGCAAGUCAGGAGCGAAGGUCUUCUCGCUGGUAGAAGCCCCAUCACCAUUGCUGCUGCUUGCAUCUUCUUUGCCACGACAGUCAUGGGCAAGGAGAUCAGUGCAAAGGCGAUCUCGAACGCGGCAGGCGUGAGCGACGUGACAAUCCGCACGUCGUUCAGAAACCUCGUUGAGCACAAGAACAAGAUUCUGACCGUAAGUCCGUCGUUGUUGCGUCGUGCAUCACUCCGAGCAAUCGAACUGAAAUAGAUACGUCUUUUCACAUCGCCAAAUGUGCACAGUCUAGCAUGCUCGCCAAGCACAAAGAAGCUGACCCGGCCAACCUGUCUUCUUCCAACUGA